UGUGUGGGACUCUGUCCCGUUUUGGCACUCGUGGAAGCAGGAAGCUCGCCCGUGUGCCAUCUCACUUUGCAUUUCUGACGGACUUACUACCCGAGAGACUGGAAUCGAUUUCGUCAUUUUCCAAAUGUUACUGUGUGUAUUGUUGAUGUCGAAUUUUAAGGCUUAAUUGGGCUUAUUCUCGGGGUAAGCGAGAUGGUUUAAGUCGUCUAGGAACCCCCCUUUUCCCGCUUGCUUGCUGCUAACAUAUGCGCUGAUACAGAACGCUUUGAUGAUCGUUUGUAGCGAAACUAUCGCGAAUGGAAUUUAUGAUCAACGUAGUUUAGUAAGUGUGGUGAAGGGAGAGUUAAGUUGAGGAAUAAGUUAUUUCGAGUGUGCUGGAAAAAAGUGAAUACGCUGCUCCUUACUGAUAGCGUAGCAAUCCAUGAGUUUGGGCGUGAUAAUCGGUUUAUCGUGGCCCAUGAGGUAUUGUGUUUUCAAACCACCUUUGAUGUGAUGAAUUAUGUUGAUGAUGAGCGCAGAAAGUGUAUGAAAUGGUGAAGAGAUAUUAUCGACCAAGUGAUGCAUAGAACCCUAUGAUCGAACCGAAUGUCAGUAGAAAACAACAGAUAUCGUAGAAAGCUUGAGUGUAUGGAUAAAGGUUUGUCUGUCUGUGUGUUUAGUGUACCAUAGACAGCAUAGAUCAUAAGGUGAAUGGAUGUGUUUCUAUAUUUAUGCCAUGGAGCCAAACUUAGAUGAGACGUGUAUAGCAUAAAUCAAAAAAGGAAGAAACAAAUGAAAGAGUGAUGUUUGACUAGCUUGCUUGUUUGUUACAUAGACCAAGUUUGUAGAAUGCGACCAUUGACAUCGCAUCGAGUGUAUACAUUAUUGUUUAAUUCCCGUACCAUGUUUCACUGAAGCAUAAUGCAGUGGUGUUCCUCAAGUCACUGAUUAUUAAAAUAUCCAGUCAAUUGCGUUGUGCAAAUUGGCUGAUUCAUCGUUCAUCUGUGAUCGACCAGUUGUCGUAGAGUCAUCUGUCUAAACGUGCAAUAUUUAAACCUAGUGUGGAUUGUUCUGAUGAUCUGAUCGCUAAUAUAUGUCAACUGGAAUGACGGAUAAUUGGAAUAGCGAGCAGCGCGAGUGUUGAUGCCAACAAUUAGUGCUCUAGUAAAUUACCUUCCAUCGCAUGUUUACGCUGUAUACCUGAACUUGUUGAUGAAGGUAUCAAGGCUGGAUCAGCUUAAUCAUUUUCGACACAAUUCAAGACCAUACAUUCUACAUACACCGUCGACGGCUUGUAGGAUAUCGAGAUUGCUAUAGAAUGACGUCACGUAUGAUGAUUUCUUUUUUGCAUUCCUCUAUGAAUUGAUCAAAGAGUCGGAAACAACGAUAGAGCUCAGCUCAAGUUGUUGAUUAAAAAUGCGUGGCUUGCUGGCGGCAAACAAGAGUUUUAAAUUAUGAGGGAAAAUCGAACGUUGAUAAGAUACAUCGAUGAAUUCGAAAAAUGUUGGCAAUAUGUUACCGCAGUGCGAUUCGAUCGAAAAUAACAAUGUGAUAGAUGCGGAUGUUGCCUACAAAACUGCCAGCACUAGCACUAAUACAGCUGCUACCAACACUAAAGCUAGUAUUACUACUAGUAUUGUUAGUGCAAAACCAACAACUGAGACGACGUUGAUCAAUUCAACUACUGAUCAGCCACUCGAUCAUACAGCAAAAAUGUGCAAAAAACCUUCGAUGGUUGUUUCUGGUGAGAGGAAAUUGGAAGAAAUGAUGAUGGCAUCGGCUGGCAAAACUUCAAGUCAAGUGACCACGGAAAAUGAUUCAAACUUGGACGAGAUCGAUGAUAAUCAAGAUCCGUACGCAGAGCUAGAGCGGUACUUGGAAAAAGUUAAGGCUGAGAUCUCGGAGGUAUUCGCACAGCUUGAAUCAAGGAAUGACAAUGUAGGAGGAUUUGCACAGGCGAAACCGACAGAAAAUGUGCCCACACAUCGGAAUAACAGUUUUCCUCCCGAAAGUAGCCCAAGAAAACGUGAUAGCAAUUUUAACACCAAAUCUAGUGCUUGCCAGAACGCGUCCUGUGCUGCUGGUGCGGAUUCUGUGGAUAGUGUCAACUUUGAGAGCACGGAGCGAAUGUUACAAGAAAUAGUUGCUUCUCUGCCGAAAAUGCAACAGUCUGUCUCAACGAAACAUCAACAACAUCCCGACGCAAGGGAGCCUAACAAUGGUGCUUUUGAAUCGGCCCGAGCUAGCGGCAAUCCCACGUUUGUCAUUCAUGAACACCAACACUAUGAUCAGAGCCGUCCUCAUCUUCAUCAUCAUCAUCAUCAUCAUCAACAACAACAACAGCAGCAUCCGAACCAUCAGCAACAACAGGCCCAUGAUUUGGUGUUGAAGAUUGAUGAAGAUCACGAUUACGAUUAUUGUAACAAGGUCGAAAGGCGUUCUCAACAAUUAAGCAAAUUAUCGAAUAACCGAUUUCUAACCGUUGGUGCUACUGACAAUAGUCAAUCGUCGGAUUAUGAAAACAAUACUUGCAGCAGCAGUCGUGAGCUGCAGGAUAGUUUGUCCGAUGAUAUGAGCCUGCUGGAGGAGUUAAGUGUCUACGACAGCCUUGAUCAGGAUGAGGACUUUUCCGAUAAUUGUAAGGAAAAUUCGCCAAAAUUUUGUACGGCUAGUAAUAUGACGACUGCAUCUGAGGUCAUUAGCAAUAGGCACCAACAUUUAGUCCAAAAACAUCAGCAGCAACACGUAGAUAAGCUCAGAACCAGUACAAAUAGUCUACCUUCCACUAGCCGCAAUUAUAAUUUACAUAGUAAGUUUAGGAUCCACCAGAACGUAAUCGAUGCCAAACGAAAACAGUUUUUCUUGCCACUUGAGCAGGAACCAUUCCAGUCAAUCAAAACCAACAUCACGGAGCUGCCAUCACCCAGCAGUACUUCAUUGCAUAGUGGCUACAAUCAUCUGAUCCUCGAGGAUCUGGGGGCAAAAUCUAACUCUGCUCCUUUGCUAAUUAAAAAUGAAGAGAUAGAGCUAGGCGAACGGCGGAAUUUAAGAUAUUCACGAUCUCAAAGCGACCGUCAUUUGGCAGAAAUAGAAGCUAUCGAGUCAUGCCGAUGGCUUCGUGCUGCCGGAUUUCCACAGUACGCUCAAAUGUACGAAGAUCAUCAAUUUCCGAUCGAAAUCAAUGAUGUCGCGAAAGAUCACCCCUUUCUGGAACACGACCCUCUCCAGUCACUUUACAGACGUUUGCAAACGUUAAAUCGGUGUGCCAAUAUGCACAUUGAUACGCAUCAGCAUACGCAUCCCCCGAAGCAGAAUGAAGAUUCGGAUGAAGACAGCUGUGCCCUGUCGGAAGCCUGGACAUUUGCACACAAUAGUCGAAGGUGGUCUCGUGUCGAGGAUGCCGCAGGAUUGGUCAGUGUAAUCAAACAAAAGAACAGUGGCAACAAAAGUGAUGUUAGUACGGUGAAUGAAACGGAUUCAGCAGAAGAAUCUUCCAAAAGUGGUUCUAAAACUAAUACGACAGAUGAUAAAGAAAAUUGGGGAGACGAAGUUACCUUGAACAUUCUUUCGGAUAGCGAUCAGCAGGAUGGGUCAGUACGCUUGCGUCGAACAGGAAGUGAACGAUUGAAGGAUGGUGCUAAAGCAUUUUUAAGACGGGUGGAAUCAAUUAAAUCCCGUAGAAGAAAGCGUCAAAAUAGGGAUGGUUUAGUAAUUUCUGGUGCUCAUUCAUCGAGCUUAUCUCCGGUACAUCAUGCAAUGGAUGACAUCAGACAUAUUGAUGUGAUGUCAUUUUCCAAUCCAACCUCUCCUCGUCCAUCGGCUGCCCACAUCGACCUUCAUCGUCGAGACAAUACGCUCGGUACCAAUGAAAUCGUUUCGAAUCUUUUAUCCCCGUAUACCCUUAGCCCGUUUGGCCAUAUGGCAGUGCCCGAUGAAGGUAAAAAAGAUCAACGUAGAAGUGCCACCAAUCGAUCUAGUCCGGUGCACUUUUUCAUCCAACUUCAAGAAGCAAAAUCAGGCGACGAUUCAUCAUCCAUUUGUAGCGAAGACAGCCAAGAUCUGAACACCGGAUAUUUUGCUGGAAGGAUUGUCAAAACUCCAAGCAAAAAGUAUCCCAAGGCCAAAAAAUUACUUCGAAACAAAGUAACGGCUGAUGAUUCCGGAGCACUCUCAGAUUCCGAAUAUCAAUCUAAGCUAAGACGUUCCAAAGUGAACAGCGACUUGGGCAAAGACAACAAUAGUAAUACUCUGCAAGUAUCGAAAUUGAAUCGUGGCGGUUCAUUAAACUUAGGUAAGAAUUCAAAACGUUAUCGCGAUGCAUUCCACAAUAGAUCUAUGAGAGUGGCCAAAACUAGUGAUGAGAAAGGUGGUGGCGAUGAAAGAAAGCGGCCCACGGUGGCCAGAUGGCACAGCUUCCAGCAACCAAAGAAUAUCGACGGGCGUAGAAUAAGCAUUGCAGACAUUAAAGACGAUAGCGAUAAGACUAAGGGUAAAAGUGCUACCGGAACCAGUAUCUGUGAAAUGUCUUGUGGCCAAUUGAUGGUCGUGCGGAAACUAGCUCUUGUGACACUAACAGGGUACAUGGAGCGAUAUUGUCCCACACAUAGGUCGGGUUGGAAUUGGGAUUUGCCAAAGUUUAUCAAAAGAAUAAAAACUCCAGAUUAUAAGGAUAAAAGAUUAUUUGGAAUUCCACUUGUACUGAAUCUACAAAGAUACGGCAAUACGCUACCAGAAAUAAUGCAAAUGGCACUGAAUUGGAUGGAGUUGAAUGCAUUGGAUCAGGUGGGGCUAUUCAGGAAACCAGGUGUAAAAUCUCGCAUUGCUAAGCUUAAGUCGAUGUUAGAGUUGGGCAACAAUGUCGCAAACCGUAUGGAUGUUUUCGAUGAUUACCAUGCAUAUGAUGUUGCUGACAUGUUGAAGCAAUACUUUAGAGAGUUACCAGAUCCUUUGCUCACGGUCAAAUUAUCAGAAACUUUUAUUGCAAUUUUUCAAUAUCUCCCAGAAGAAGUGCGGACUGAGGCUGUGCAAUCAGCGAUUUUGCUCUUGCCUGAUGAACAUAGGGAGGUUUUAUAUACCCUGUUAACCUUCCUCAACAAAAUAGUGCUUAACGCAAACCACAAUCAAAUGACUGCCAAUAAUCUAGCCGUUUGUUUAGCACCUUCAUUAUUUUAUUCAGUAUCUGGCAGCAGAUCAUCUACUGCAUCGCCGAGGCGCAAAAAAGGAGCUGCAGGACAGCCCGACGAGAAAGAACUAUCGGAAACGCGUGCAUCUCAUGAUUGUUUAUCGUAUCUCAUUCAACACUAUCGUACCCUAUGGACAAUAUCCAGUGAUCGGAUGCGGAAAUGUAGUUUUAACUACAUGGAAGAAUCAAAACCAGUUCCAUUGGAGUCCCUUGGUGCAGAGUUACAUGUACAAAAUUGGCGUGGCUAUUUGACCGAGUGUAUCAAGGAAUGUCUGAGGGAAGGAAAAGAACGGCCACGUGGAUGGGUUUCACUAAGCUCGGCUGAUCCCAAUGUGACCGUUUACUUCAAGAAAGUUGGUGACGGACAUCCGUUGCGACUUUGGAAGGCUGUGACCGAAGUGGAGGCUCCUCCAAUCGAGGUGAUUAACCACAUUUUGAAUGAACGGCACAUGUGGGAUGAAUAUCUGUUAAAAUCGAGAACCGUUGAACGUUUAGACAUUGAUACAGACGUAUUUCAGUACGUUUGUGGACAACCCAUAACGGAUUAUUGUGUGUUAAGGCAGUGGAACAAGCAACAAAAUCGAGGAGCGUGCGUGAUAGUCGAGGUUUCAAUAACUCACAAUGGUGCUCAACUGCUUCUGGGUGGAAUUCGUGGAGUGGUGCUAGCGUCGCGGUAUCUUAUUGAACCAUGUGGCAGCGGAAAAUGUAAAUUGAUGCAUCUUUCUCGAGUGGACAUGAAAGGGCGCACUCCCGACUGGUACAACAAAAAUUAUGGUCACAUUUGUCAGCAAUAUCUAUCUAAAAUCAAGAAAUUUUUCGAGCAUUACACCGAGGGACCUGAGAGCAAAGUAUAGAUAUAAACACUCACAUAAUAUUAAAAAAAACCUACAUAAGAAAACUCACAGCAAGUGGAUAAACAAAAUACACCAGAACACAAGCAAAUACUUUGGGUGUCUGUAAAACCAUGAAACAUUUGCAAAAUUUCCAAACAUUCCAAAUUUUCAUUACCAAGUGCCUAAACCAAGAUAUUUUCUCAUCGUUUUUGUUGAAAAAAAGCCCAACAUCAUCAUACAGGACAUUGAUUAGCUGUUUAAGAUGUAAUCACAUGAACGCAAAACUAAAACUAGUCCAAGGAAAUCAACUUAACCAAUUGUCACAAACUGAUAACACAAGAAUCACUUUUUUUAUUUUAUAGUUAUUAUUGUUGAAGGUUAUGUAGUAAACAAGAAAAAACACAAAAAUAGUUAAACAAGCUAAAAAUCAAAUAAGUCAAUCAAAAUGAAAUGAUGAAAGCAAAUAAUCUCAGAAUCUUUAUUCUUAUGGGACCAACAUCAAUAAUCUCCAGAGGUCUUUAUUGUACGGUCAUUCAGUGCCAAUAUAAUACGUUCGUUUUCCCGCUUGUGUAAGAGGAAUCAGCAAUUUAAAGAAGAAAAAAAAACAUACAGAUUGUUGUUAAUGAAACACGUUACUAUUAAUAGAUGGAUAUUGAAUAAAAGAAUUGUACAAUUUCCAAA